AUGACUGAAAAAGACGCUAAUUCUACUGGUCCUGAAGUAAAAAAGAAUGAAAAAAGUGAAGUAGACACGGUCCCUAUUGAUACGGAUCAAACAGUCGAAGAGCUAUAUCACAACUAUGACGAUGACGAAUUUGAAGAGUUUCCAGCACAUGAAGACGAAAUAGAUUUGCCACAAGAAGAAGUCAGUGAUGUGAACGUGUGGGAAGAUAAUUGGGAAGACGAAACAGUAGAACAAGAUUUUUUUAAACAGUUGCGGGAAGAAUUGCAAUCGGCCGGAAAGAAGAUUUGA